AUUUUCUCGAUCUCCUGCGAAGAUUUCUUGAUCAGUGCGGCUCCUCUUCCAAGAUCUCCGGGAGCAUUUUCUACCAGCCUAAAAAUCAAAUGUUGAAUUUCGCCCGUAAGACAUAUCCGCAUUUGAGGUCAUCCGCUAGAUCUUCGCUUACUGUGAUUAUCAAGCUCUUUGUAACAAAAGCUGGAAAUGUAUUCUCAAUUGGAGCCGAGAAGGAUUCAUUUGUUGUUUCUUACCUGGUAGAUAGAUGUGGAUUUUCUCCAGAGAAGGCUCUUUCAGCUUCUAAUUAUAUAACAUUCAACACCCCAGAUAAACCGGAGUCUGUGCUUUCCUUCUUGAAAAAUCAUGGAUUCAAAGAAACGCAGAUCUCAGAAGUAGUUCGAAGAUCCCCCCAAGUACUGCUGUGUAAUCCCCAAAACAUCCUUCUGCCCAAGAUUGAAUUUUUCAAGUCUUUAGGUUUCACAGUGGAAGACUACACUACUAUGCUGUGUGGUUGCCCUAGUAUUUUCAGGAGAAGCCUAGAGAAUAAUCUUUUCCCAACUAUACAUUUCCUUAAACAGUUUCUACCUUCUCCUGAGAAGCUAAAAGUUUCCCUAAAGCGUAGCCCUUGGAUUUUUUCAAUAUCAACUCAGGCUAUAAUGCUAUACAAUAUUCGCAUUCUGAAGGAAAUGAAAGUGCCUGAAUCAAAAAUUGCGCAUUAUCUUCACCACCAGCCUAGAUUGUUCAUCAAGGACAAGGAUAAGUUUGUAAAGAUUUUGGAGGAAAUCAAGGGAAUGGGGUUUGACCCAUCCCGAAGAACAUUUAUGGUUGCAGUGCAUGUGUUUUGUUCCAUGAGUAAAUCAACUUGGGAAAAGAAGGUACACGCUUAUAAGAAUUGGGAACUUUCAGAGGAUCAGAUAAUUGAAGCUUUUGUGAGGAACCCAUGGAUUAUGGCAUGCUCUGAAGAAAAGAUUUUACAAGGAAUGGGUUUUCUGGUAAACAAAAUGGGAUUCAAGUCUUCGGAUAUCUUGAGAUCCCCAGUGAUGUUUAUGCUUAGUUUGGAGAAAAGGAUCAUUCCUAGGUCCUUUGUUUAUCAAACACUGGCAGCGGAGGGUUUGUUAACAGAGGACCUAAAGCUACUCUCAAGAAUGUUGGUCGCAUCUGAAGAAAAGUUUCUAAGUAAGUUUGUAAAAUGCUAUGAGAGCAAAGUUCCUGACCUGCUGAAGCUGUAUCAGAUGUCUGGCGGCAUUCCUUAAGUAGACUUUACUUGAUAGGUUUGUUACCUAUUGUUUUGGUGUUCAUCUGUAUUUAUAGUUUAAAACAAUAUCCAAUUAUUCUUAAUGCCAUAAUGAGUUGGUAUAGAUCAUCACUGAGAUGACAGUCUUCUUGAGGUUUUCUGAAAUUCGCUAUCAUUUCUCUUAGCCGUUAGACAUUUGCAAGUUGAAAGUUGAAACAUCAUAGUCAUGAUGUUGGUCCCGGUUGUAUAGAUGAUUGUGGUACUGGCACUGGCACUCAGUGGCGGAACCAGCUCGGGCACCUUGGAGGGGCACUUAAUGAGAAAGCGAAGGUCUCCGAAAGAUGUUGC